UAAAUUUGAUUUCUCUAAACCUCUAAAAAACCCUCGUCUCAUUCCCCAUUUCACUUCCUACUCGAGUCUCGACCUUCACAGCAUUCAUCAAUGGCGUUCUCCAAACCCUCAUCCCUCUUCCUCCAUUUGAAAUCCUUCUCAACCCCCCAUCAUCACCACAUUCUCCACCGCGUUUCCCCACCAAUUUCCGUCGCUUUCCGCCUCCUCUCUUACGCCACUCCUGAAGACAUGGCCGCCGAACGCCGUAAACGAAAGCGUCAACUUCGUAUGCAACCUCCUAUUUCCCCUUCUCGCCAUCAACAACCCCCACAAAAACAACGUUCUCCUAUUCCAAACCCUAACCCUAAUUCCCCCAAAAUCCCCGAUCACGUUUUUGUUCUCACCGGUAAUCGCCUUAACCUCCAUAAUAAAAUCCUCAAGCUUAUUCGAGAGAAUGAUCUUGAUGAAGCAGCUUUGUAUACUCGUCAUUCUGUUUACUCUAAUUGUCGUCCUACUAUCUUUACUUGUAAUGCAGUAUUGGCUGCUCUUCUUCGUCAAUCGAGGUAUUCCGAUUUUCUUUCUCUUCAUCGGUUUAUUACUCAAGCUGGAAUAGCUGCAAAUGUUAUUACUUAUAAUAUGUUGAUUACAUUGUAUUGUGAGUGUCGAAAACCUGAUACUGCUCUUGAACAUUAUAAGAGGCUAAUUGAGGAUGCUCCUUUUGAGCCUUCUAAGGCAACUUAUCGUAUUUUAGUCAAGGGCUUGGUGGAUAAUAAUAGGGUUGAAAAGGGAAUUGAAAUUAAGGAUGAGAUGUUGUCGAAAGGGUUCGAUGCUGAUGAGGUAGUGUAUGCGUAUUUGAUGAAUGGAUGUGCUAUGAAUAAUGAUGGAGAUAGAGUGUUGGGGCUUUAUGAGGAGUUGAAGGAGAAAUUAGGAGAAGUUACUAAGGGGAUUGUGUAUGGUCCUUUGAUGAAAGGGUAUUUUUUGAAGGGAAUGGAGGAUAAAGCCAUGGCAAAGUUUGAAGAAGCAAUGGCAGAGAAUUCCAAUGUUAAGAUGGACGAUUUGGCGUAUAAUUUGGUUUUGGAUGCGUUUUGUAAGAAUGGACUGUUUGAGAAAGCUUUGGAAUUGUUUGAGAGGAUGAAGAACUUGCAUAAUCCACCUUGGAAGUUGACUGUGAAUCUUGGAAGUUAUAAUGUGAUGGUUGAUGGGUAUUUCUUGGAAGGUCGAUUCAAGGAAGCCAUUGAAGUUUUUAUGAGUAUGAAUGAAAAAAAUUGCAGUCCUGAUAUUUUGUCGUUUAAUAAUUUGAUAGGGCUUCUGUGCAACAAGGAUUUGCUUCCUGAAGCUGAAGAAGUAUGCAGUAGGAUGGGCGAGAAGGGUGUCAGUCCGGAUGAGGUUACUUACGGUUUGUUGAUGGAUGCGUGUUUUAAGGAAAAUAGACCAGAUGAUGCAGCUGGGUAUUUCAAGAAAAUGAUUGAUGAAAAUUUACGACCUAAUUUGUCGGUUUACAACCGAUUGGUUGAAGGGUUGGUUCAAGUGGGAAAGAUUGAUGAUGCAAAGUCGUUCUUUGACUUGAUGGUUAAUAAACUAAAGUUCAACUCUGCUAGUUAUGAAUUUAUGUUCAAGUCUUUGUGCGAUGUUAGACGGGUUGAUGAUGUGCUUAAGAUUGUUGGCGAUAUUUUGGAUGAGGCGAGUAUUGAUCUUAAUGAUGACAUGAAGUACAUUGUGAAGGAUGGAUUGAGAAGGGAAGCGCGAGAGGAAGAGGAACUUGACAGACUGAUUGAGCAGAAGGAGCGAGAGAAGGAAGAAGCUAAAAGAAGGGAGGCUGAAGAAGCAGAAAGAGCAAAGGCCAGUGCAAAAGCUGCAGUUGCUUCUUUACUUCCAUCCAAACUCCUUGGAAAUAAGGAAGACAAUAGAGAAUCACUGUUCUCUGGAGGGGAUGAUAAGGUGCAAGCUAGUGGAGAUACAGAUACAGUUACAGUAGGCGAGGAAGCUGCUAAGUCUGAUUCUAAUAGUCUUGACACUGCACAGGCUACAAAUUGAUCUUUCAAGUACACGGUCAUUUUGCUUGGCUCCCUUAUCUGUUGCUGCGUCUUAAGAGCGCUAGCUUGUUCUCGUGUUAAAACACGAGUAUUAACUAUUUUAUUAAAUGAUGAAUUGAAAGAUUUUCAUGUCAGUUGGCUAGUUUAUGAUAUUGGCUAACCCAGUGAAACAUAAUUCGGUA